AGAAAAGAAGUUGUGCAAUGAGCAUCGUUGAUGAUAACGGUGUUGCUGAAUUCCCAGCUGGUUUGAAGGUUCUUAUAGUUGAUGAUGAUAAAACAUGUCUCCUGGUACUGGAAAGAAUGCUUCGAAAGUUAUUAUAUCAAGUUACCAAGUGUGAGCACGGGAGUGAUGCCCUUGCUUUGCUUCGUGAGAAAAACAACAGAUUUGAUAUUGUCAUAUGUGAUUUACAUAUGCCUGACAUUCAUGGACUCGAGCUUAUUGAGAUCAUUGUUUCAGAGAUGGACUUGCCGGUCGUUAUGAUGUCUUCGGAUGAAAGACAAGGAGUUAUUAUGAAGGGUAUAGUCAAAGGAGCUUGUGAUUUUUUGGUGAAACCAGUUCGCAUGGAGUCUAUUAGUCUCAUUUGGCAGCAUGUGGUUCGCAAGAAGAUACGUUUGUUUGCAGAAUUUCAGCAGCCUGGCAUUGACAACAUUAACUUUGACAGGUUAAGCCUAUUACAGCUGUCUAAUGAUGCUUCCGCCACCGCUAAUCGAAACAUCCCGGCCAUAGAUAAAAGAAGUCUGCAAUGCUUGAAACGGAGGAGCGAAGAUUCAUCUAAUGAUGGAGAAUCCUCCGACGAAGCGACGAACUGGAAGAAACCGAGGGUGGUUUGGACACAGGAGCUCCAUGAGUUGUUUGUUACUGCUGUGAAUCAACUUGGACAUGGCGAUGAUGUUCCUAAGAAAAUUUUGGAGCGUAUGCAAGCUAUGAAUGUAACUUAUCUUACAAGAGCCAAUAUUGCCAGUCAUCUUCAGAAAUAUCGCAUGCAUCUUCAGAAAGAAAGUGCACGAUCGGCUGGUAACAGAGAUCUCAAUGCCUACCAACAAUUCCAUCCCACACCUACACCCACAGCCGCAUCUUCAUAUCCGCUUCCACAGGAAAAUCUUGCAAAUGGAGAUGUUUUAAGUACAGUUCCAAGUCAAGUUGAUAGAGGGAACAAUAUUUUCGACUUGAAUAUUGUUUCCCAAUUGAGUCACGGUCUACAAACCGAUGCCUCCUUGUAUUAUCCUUGUCGACCGAACUCGUUAUACCAUAAUGAUUUUCCUCCUAGUGAUGGUGUUGUCAUCUCAAAGGAAGAAAAUCUGCAGUGUACUGCAGGAACAGUCACAGAGCUUUCAAACCCAUUUUCAGCUGCUGACGAAAUUAUCUAUGAUCCCUCGUUUUUGCAAGAGGAGGUUGCACUUGUUGGACUUCAACCUAACAUGGGUGGAUACCUCCCGCGCAGUUCUAAUUACUUUGGUUUGACACAAAGUUAG